AAUCUUAAACAUAGACCUGUCAAACAACACAAACGCCAUCUUGACAGCAGCCUCAAAAUGGCAGAAAUGGGUGAGCUAGAAACCGAGUCCGAGCUAAGGUACCUGCUCACUGCUAUUUAAAAACCAGACUCGUCCGUUUUCCCAUAAACGAGUGGUUAUGGGGUUGGCUCCCUACGCGGCAGCACAGAGCCUGUAAAAUGGAUAUACCGACGGCGGUUUUCAACGCGGCCAGAGAUGGUAAGCUGAAACUUAUCCAGAAGUUGCUGAGCAACAAAACUCCGGAGGAGCUGGAGGCUUUAGCCGAGGAGAAAACACAGGGAGGCACCCCACUGUUGAUAGCUUCUCGAUACGGACAUUUAGAGGUUGUAGACUACCUCCUUGAACAUUGUAAAGCGAAUGUUGAACUCGGGGGGGCGGUUAACUUUGACGGCGAGACUAUCGAGGGGGCUCCGCCGCUAUGGGCAGCUUCGGCAGCCGGUCACCUCCCUGUGGUGAAGACGCUACUCAAACACGGUGCCUCGGUGAACAACGCAACGCUGACUAACUCAACGCCGCUCCGAGCUGCCUGCUUUGACGGUCACCUGGAGAUCGUCCGCUACCUGGUGGAGCACAGAGCCGACAUGGAGGUAGCCAACCGCCACGGCCACACCUGCCUCAUGAUCUCCUGUUACAAGGGCCACAAGGAGAUAGCCAAGUUCCUGCUGGACCGCGGUGCUGAUGUCAACCGCAAGAGUGUAAAAGGAAACACCGCCCUCCAUGACUGCGCCGAGUCAGGUAGUCUGGACAUCAUGAAGAUGCUGCUAAAGUGCAAUGCUCGCAUGGAGAGAGAUGGAUACGGAAUGACCCCACUCCUCGCUGCAAGUGUAACAGGUCACACCAACAUCGUAGAGUAUCUCGCCCACCAGCCUCGCACCUCCAGAGAGGAACGCAUCAAUGCACUUGAACUCCUUGGGGCUACUUUUGUGGAUAAAAAGCGGGAUCUCUUGGGGGCUAUGAGGUACUGGAGAAGGGCCAUGGAGCUGAGGCAACCAGGGGACAAAGCUGGAUUCUUGGCCAAGCCUCCGCCUGGCCCUCCUAUCCCUGCCUACGGCUGUGCACAGGAGGUGAGCACCGCAGAGGAACUGGAAGCUUUGAUCACAGACCCUGAUGAAAUGAGGAUGCAGGCUUUGUUGGUUCGAGAGCGCAUUCUAGGGCCAUCCCACCCAGACACCUCUUAUUACAUCCGCUACAGGGGAGCUGUGUAUGCUGACUCAGGCAACUUUGAACGCUGCAUCAGCUUGUGGAAAUAUGCUUUAGACAUGCAACAGAGCAACCUGGACCCUCUCAGUCCCAUGACAGCCUCCAGUUUCCUGUCCUUUGCAGAACUUUUCUCUUUUGUUCUUCAGGACCGGGCCAAAGGCACCCUAUCGACGCGCGUCACCUUUCAUGAUCUGAUGACUGUGCUGGGGAAAAGUGUGAGGGAGGUGGAGCGAGCUGUGGCGCAGAGGGACAACCCUCCAGAGGCUCCUCAAUUCACCAAAGCGCUCUCCAUCAUCCUGCACCUCAUCUUUCUACUGGAGAAGCUGGAGUGCAGCCCAGAGCAGGAGCAUCAGAAGAAGCACACAGUGUACCGUCUGCUGAAGCUGAACCCUCGGGGUCGGAGUGGCUUCACCCCUCUCCACAUGGCUGUAGACAAGGAGACCACAUCUGUUGGCCGCUACCCUGUCGGCCGCUUCCCCUCCCAGGCGGUGGCUGCUCUGCUCCUCGAGUGUGGCGCAGACGUGGAUUCACGUGACAGUGAAAACAAUACGCCUCUGCACAUCGCUGCUAACAACGGCUGUCCAGAGAUCAUGGCACUACUUAUGAAGGCCGGGGCUCACUUUGACGCCACAAAUGCACAGAGGAAGACAGCCUACAAGCUGCUGGAUGAGCAGAGCACCGGGCAGCCUGCCCUCUACCCACUGAACUAUGUAACCCUUCAGUGCCUGGCGGCGCGUGCAAUUGAAAAGCACAGACUGCCCUACAGGGGACUCAUUUCUGAAGAGAUGGAGGCUUUCAUUGAACUGCACUGACUUCCACUACUGUCCCUUGUUGAGGCACCCCUGCACUACUCUUCCUGUUGUCCCCCUUACCUUACUAUGACCUGCCACAAACUUACUUCUCUACACUGUUCUCUCGUCUUUGUCUCCUUUUGGCCUCUGCUUCGCUCCUGGCCCCACCAGCCUUGUCUCAGACCAAACCAUAGCAAUAAACAUCCGGCCUCUGGACUAAAAUCUCUGGCUGAGAUCUGGUCAGUUAUCGCUUGAUUCUAACGUUAAGCCACAUAGACUUUGAAAGUGAUUGUUGGUUUAUAUACUGAUAUUUAAAGCUUGGUGGAACUUCAACUUGAUAUAGGCUUUAAUGCAGUUGCCCUCUUUUUGUCCCAGUAAAAAGGAGACUUGCAGUAUGAUGGUGCUUGUGUUUGGUGGCUGGCCUGUAUGAAAGAUAGGAAGCAUCUGAUCAAACUUGCCAGAUAACAUGCAUGAAAGUGAAGAGUGAAUAUGGUAGCUCUCUUGUUGUUUUUGAAAUUAAUUCAGAAAGAAGUGUUUGAACAAACUCAACCACCCAAACAUGCUUGUUGGUAAAAAAACAACAUUUAGCUGGUUCUCCUUGUUCACAUAUACCAUCUGCUAUGCUUCUUUGAUAUGGAAAGUUGUUUGAAUUUGCUGUGCCAAAUGUCAACCAUGGAGCCAUGUUUUGUUACAGACUGUAAACUGGUGGCAGAAUGAAAAGCAACUAACUUAUUCUCAAUUAUAAACUAAAGUGGAGACACACAUGAAGAAGAUCAGGAACUCGAGUUGAGGAUGAGUGGUAUCCCUUUGAGUAAAAAGAGCUGGUACCAUUGUUUGGCUAACCCCCCCCCAGUCUCCACACAGGCGUCUAUAACCUAUGCAGUUUGUGAUAUUCCAAUCAGAGGCAACAUUUUUCAAGCAAGAACACACUACAUAAACCGAUUUUACACAGGAAUACCAUUCAUUUGCUUAUCUUAACAUGAUAAUGACUCAAACCAGGGGCUGCUUCAUGGACGAUGAAUUGGUAUCUUCUGACUUUAUGAACUACGAAUGUCUUCUUAAAAUGUUUGCCUAUGUCCGAAUGAUCAAUUUAAAAAAAAAAAACUAGAGCCUUAAGUGUGCCUACAUCCCUCUAUGUCCGGGUAAUAUAAUCAUCAACAAACAUGUUCAGUUCCCUCAGGAGAAGAAGCCGCUUCAGAACUAGGACCCAAUGUGAUGAUGACUUGUGUAUCUAUCCUGGGUCUGUUGUGUUUUUGGAGUGAAUUUUCCCUUUAACCUCAGAUGCAGUUCACAGUAAUGGAACUGUCCGUUCCUGCAUCUUAGUCUUAUUUUUAAUAUUGUCUCUUUUUUUUUGUUUUUCUUGUGUUAUCAUGAAUGUUUUAUUUGUCUGUGCUAAGCACCACCAAGUUGAAUGCACACUGAGAGGCUCUGAAUCCCAAAUGGACAACUCCCAUUCAGGCUAGGAACUGUCGCUGCCUUUCUCUUUCUCAACUGAUUUGUUUAACUGAUGAUAACUCAAGAACAAAAGAGCGUCGGAGGUACUCGAAUAAAAUUCAGUAUCACAACAU